GCGACAAGUUCUUGCACAAGGAAAAGCCGGUGGAGUUGCGUCUGUCCGACGGUCACUGUCACCUCGUUUUCGUCGGUUACCACCUAAAAAUCGAAAUGUAUUACAAAUUUAGUGGUUUUACACAAAGACUGACGGGAGCCGCGCCAUCCACCGCCUACAGCCCUCAGGGCUUAAGGGCAAAUGUACCCUCUGAAUCCCCCGCUAUGAUCUUCGGUACCCCAACUAAGCUGGUAUCAGAGUCGAGUGCCACAGUGGAGUACAUGGGUAAAAACAGGGUUCCGGACCUCCAGAGAAUAUUUCAGGCCUCAGAUAAUAUUCCUGUCCAUCUAAAGCGAGGUGUUCCAGACAGACUUUUGUACAGGUCCACCAUGGCACUGACAGUCGGAGGAGUACUUUACUGUCUCGUGGCUCUUUAUUUAGCAGCACAGCCCAAAAAGAAGUGAACUGUAUCCAUCCUCUUUUCAUCAACUUGAUGAAAUGUCAGUUUUGAUCAGCUGUGUUUAUCAUGAAAUAUAUCAGUAUGCCUCCCACCAUUAAUCACCAUCAACAGACACUCAACAAAGCUUCUAUUACAUGAUGCUGUUUUCCUUGUGUUCUUACAAGUGAAUUGCUGUUAGUUGUAUAUAUUAAAGCCAUGCUUCUAAAUCUUUAUAA